AUGAAGAAAGUGAAGCUUUUUUUUCAGAUGCAGAAAAUGGAUUUUAUUUCGACUCUGAUUCUAAUAUAGAUAUGAUGGAUGUUAUUAACAAUGUCUAUAAUAUGGAUACAGUGGAUGUCAUUAACAAUUCCUUUAGCUUAUCUACUACUAAUAGUCGUUCUAUGUUUAAAAAUGUUACUAAUAAUUUGUCAAAUUUAACCUAUAUAAUUAAAAUGGAUGAAAAUAGUGCAAGCAAUCUAAAUACAAUACAUAGUGAAGAUGAUAGCAAAAGCGAUUUGAUUGGUACAUCAGAAGAGCCAUUAAGUGAUUUUGAUAAUGAGCUA